AACAAACAGCGGCAGUCCCGCAACUGAGCUCAGCAGCAUCUUCCCAAAUCUAGAGAUCAGUCCCGCAACUGAACCCGCGUCGCCGUCGCAACUGAGCUCUCCGAUGUUCUUAUCGUCUUCCAACCUCCUUAAAUCCCAAUUCUCCUGGUUCUUUGAAGGUAAUCUACAGAAGGCCCGUAGUCGAAGUUGUUGAAGAAGAGAUGGCGAUCGAUGCUCCAGGGAGUGAGAAGCGGGUGUGCGUCACCGGCGGCAACGGCUUCAUCGGAUCCUGGCUUGUGCGAGCCCUCCUCGAGAAGGAUUACGCGGUUACCGUCACCUUCCAGCCCGGCACCGACCCCUCUCACCUCCUCGCAUUCCCCGGCGCCGACGAAGGCCGCCUUCAUCUCAAGGAAGCCGAUCUCCUCGAUGCGGCUGCCAUCGCCAACGCGGUGGAUGGGUGCCGUGCGGGAGUGUUCCAUGUGGCGUCUCCCUGCUCCCUGGAGGACCCGCGCGAUCCGGAACGGGAGCUGCUGAUGCCGGCUGUGGCUGGGACGCUUAACGUGCUGGAGGCAGCGCGGGCCGCCGGAUCUCGUCGGGUGGUGCUUACGUCUUCCAUUUCGGCCAUGGUGCCAAACCCUAGAUGGGCCACCGACCGACCUGGACGUCCCGUAGACGAGGAGUGCUGGACCGAUCUGGAUUACUGCAAAACUCGCCAGAAAUGGUAUCCAGUGUCUAAGACAAUGGCAGAGAAGAGAGCUUGGGAAUAUGCCGAAAAUCAUGGACUAGAAAUUGUAGCAAUCAAUCCCUCCACAUGCCUUGGCCCCCUGUUGCAGCCUGGUCUGAAUGCUAGCUCAGCAGUUCUUCAACAACUCUUACAAGGUUCAAAGGAUACUCAAGAGUAUCACUGGCUGGGCUGUGUGCAUGUGGGCGAUGUUGCUGCCGCUCAAGUCUUGCUACUGGAGACACCAAAUGCCUAUGGAAGGUACCUUUGCACCAAUGGGAUAUAUCAGUUUAAGGAUUUCGCUGAAGCUGUAGCUCGGCUCUGCCCCGAAUAUGGCGUCCAUAGGUUUGAGGAAGAGACACAACCUGGUCUUGUCGCAUGUGAGGCUGCAGCUAAGAGACUGAUUGAACUUGGGAUGGUCUUCACUCCAAUCGAAGAGGCAAUCAAAGAAUCUGUGGCAAGCAUGAAAGCAAAGGGAUUUCUAGGUCAGUCUAACCUGCAAUCUUAGGUUUCGUUUGGGACGGUUUUUUUACUGUUUUUUAAAGCUGUUUUUAAGUAAAAAAAUUUGUACUGAAAAAUUGCUUUAAAAAGUAAUAAAAAAGUCAUCCCAAACAAAACCUGAGUUGAACUUGAUUCUCUUUCAUGAACAAAAUCUUUAGCUGUAAUAUGCUACCAUGUAAUUAGGAGGAAUGUCUUCCAACUACAUAGAUUUUUGCUUAUUUUGAAUAUAAAUUUAAAAUCAUGAUUUAUAUAUAAA